AAAAAGAUAAACGUCAAAUAUAUGUUAUUUUCAUUUUCCUUUCUGAAUUUUCCCGCGAUCGAGAAACUUUUACUUGAUGCAUUAAUAUCUUUAAUGUUGAAAAAUGUCUUCUACCGAUUUGACCAGCUUCCUUAACGCUCUGGAAGUAGUCAAACAAGAUUACGUUUGUGGUGUUUGCUUGGAUCUGUGCAAAAAUCCUGUCACUUUAAGCAAAUGUUUUCACUUGAUUUGUGCGGAGCAUUUUGAAAAGCUAGACUUCUGUCCUACUUGUAACGUUUCCUUAGAAGGCUGUAGGAUUUAUGUAGACGAUCGUCUUGAAAGUUGUGUGGAAUCUGCCAAAGAAUUGGACAAGAUAUUUGAAAGUUUUAAAACUAAACAAACUAAGUCGACUAAAAGUGAUACAACGGCGAAAACUAACAGAAAACGGGGGAAAGCUAAUGUCGACACAAAAUCUAAUAAUGAAAAUGAAGUGACAGUGCCAAAACCGCCUUUAGACAGACAUCAUGAAGGUAAACGGUUAGAUUUGAAUCAUUCUCUUUUAUCUACAACAAGCAGUACAAAAGUUAAUAAAGCAGCUGAAAAACGUAAUAAUAAAGGUGAAACAAUGCUCCACAUAUCCUGUAGGCUUGGGAAAAUUGAUAAAAUAACAGAACUACUUAAUCAGGGUGCUAACCCUAACACAAAAGACAAUGCUGGCUGGACGCCAUUACAUGAAGUGGUACAAAAUGGCAGAAUAGAUUUAGUGAAGUUGCUCUUACAAUAUAACACUUUGAUAAAUGUACCUGGGCAAAGCAACGAAACUCCACUACAUGAAGCUGUACGAUAUGGUCACAUUGAUAUAGCAGAAGAAUUGGUUAAGAAUGGUGCUGAUAUAUAUGCUGUGAAUUGUAAAGGAGAGACUCCUUUGGAACUUGCUAUUGGCGAAAUGAAGGAAAGAUUACUGACUGCUUCUGAAAAUAUUAUUCAAACGCAAACCUUUAACAUAACCCUUGUAUCAAACUUGCAAACGCAAUUAGAUUUUGAUGAUAUAAGAGUGUUUUGUGUGUCUCAGUUUCGUACUGUACACAAUAAAUUGAAAUUAUUAUCUAAAUAUCACAGUAAUUUAAAUAUUGAACCAAAAUUCACUAAAAAAGUGACACAUUUAAUAGUUGACACUGAAGAUACUGGACUUUGCACUUCAACCUUAGAUAUCCUUCAAGGGAUAGUGUGUGGCAUAUGGAUUUUGACUACCCAAUGGGUCACUAAAUCAACUGAAGAGAAACUGGAGACAUUUGACAAAUUUGAAGUUAUCGGAGUUGGAGCAAAAGAGUUUAACGGUCCCAGGAAUGCUCGUUACAAUAAAUACAAGCAGCUGCCUGGCAUAUUUGAUGGAUGUCACUUUUAUUUACAUAACUUCAACAUGAAAUAUGAAAUUUCAAAACAUAUUGUAAUUACAAAGGCUAUUCUUUCAAAGUUGAUAACUGAUGCAGGUGGCAUUGUUCUCCGUAGGGUGCCAAAUCCCGAGUCUAUACCAGAAUCUGAAAAACUAAUUCCGUAUCAUGCUAAAAAGGAUGGGAAGUUAGCAAAGUGUUCCCAUUAUAUAAUAUUUAAGGAUUUUUAUGAACCAACAUAUAACAUGCAGCAUCUAAAAGCAUUGCCUAUUGGUUGGCUAAUAGAAUGUAUUGAAAAAUAUGAACUGUGUGAACCUAUAACUAGUAAUUAUGUGUAAAUUUUCUAGAAUAUAAAGUUUAUAUUAAGAAUUCAUUACACAUUCUUGCAGACAGGCCUAUUUAGCCUAGAGUCUAGAGCAAAAGGCCCAGGGGGCAGGCAGAAAAUUACAACAGAAAAGCUUUUUGAGCUUUUUUUAAUCUAAUAAUAAUAGCAUUUUCAGUCCAUAUAAAU